UCAGCUUAUCCCCCUUCAGCUUUUCUUGCAUCUCCGAGAAACUGAAAAAUAGUAAAAUUCCCAAAAACAAUUAGCCAAAAUGUCGGGUUACCCUCAUAAUUACGGUUACGGUGCACCACCGCCCUACGGCGCUCCACCACCGCCUUCCACCCAACCCUACGGAGCACCACCACCACCGUCCGCCCAACCCUAUGGAGCACCACCACCACCGGGACAACCUCCGUACGCACCAGUUGCCACCCCAUACUCCGGCCCAUCUGCUCCACCUUAUUCCUCCGACCCCGCAAAGCCUCCCAAGGACAACAAGCCUUCCGCCUCCGCCCCAUACGGAGCAGGAGCGCCACCGCACUCCGCUCCCUACGGUGCUCCAGCUCCACCGCACUCCGCUCCCUACGGUGCUCCAGCUCCACCGCCACCAUAUGGCAGCCCUUUUGCGGCUUUGGUCCCCUCCGCUUUUCCGCCUGGCACUGAUCCCAAUAUCGUUGCUUGCUUCCAAAUUGCUGAUCAGGAUGGGAGUGGAUUUAUUGAUGAUAAGGAGCUCCAGAAGGCACUUUCGUCGUACAAUCAGAGCUUCAGUUUGAGGACUGUUCAUCUUCUAAUGUAUCUUUUUACCAAUUCCAAUGCUCGAAAAAUUGGUCCCAAGGAGUUCACCUCACUUUUCUACAGUCUUCAGAAUUGGAGGGCAAUAUUUGAAAGGUUUGAUAGGGACAGGAGUGGCAAGAUUGAUUCCUCAGAAUUGAGAGAGGCCUUACUUAGCCUGGGAUUUGCAGUAUCACCUGUGGUUUUGGAAUUGCUGGUGUCUAAGUUUGAUAAAACUGGCGGAAAGAGCAAUGCCAUUGAAUACGACAAUUUCAUCGAGUGCUGCCUCACCGUAAAGGGACUGACGGAGAAAUUUAAGGAGAAGGAUACUUCGUACUCUGGCUCAGCAACUUUCACUUACGAGUCGUUCAUGUUGACUGUGUUGCCUUUUCUGAUUGCAUAGAGAUGUGCAAAGGAUUUCCUCGAGACUAACUCCUUAGUCUCGCCGGAUGUAGUUUUUUUUUUUUGGUUUUUUUGUUGGCUCUGGCCGGAUGUAGUUUACUACCUGGUUAUUAAACUUUCUUGCAACUAAUUUGUGGGAAUCCUAUGCUUUGAAGUUUGGGUUACGUAGCAUAGCAUUUUGUAAUUGUGGGGAUGUUGUGUUUCGCCGGAUGUAGUUUGUUCUGUAUAACUUUUCUGUAAUUUUCUGAAACUGCUCCUAUGGUUGCUGAGCCAUAAUUAAAAAUU